CUCUGCGUUUGCUUUUUCCAAAGGCUCUUUUCAGAGCCACCACCUUCUCACUUGAGAGGCUGUUUUCACGAAGAGUCAACUACAAGGGGCCUUACAGAAUACUAAAAGCAUAAUAACUUGUAUUAACUUAUUCUCAGACAACCCAUCAUAAAUACUAGAUAGGAGCUCUAUUAGUUUGCCUUAAGAUUUAUCUUAAACUUUUUAGUGACGAGAAUGUCAGGUCCCAGCAGUUAUGAGCCUAACUGCAUGCUUCUAUUCCUAGCAAUGACAUUGUAGCACUGGACCGUUUGUAACUUUCAGGGUACCUGGAGCCCUCUUAGGGCAUCCAAGGGCACUAGUAUGUAUGUGGUACACAAGAGGUACACAGGCAGGCAACUAACACGAUUGUGAUUUAAGCUCGCGAGGAGAAUACCCACUUGUGUGUUUUAAGUUUAUGGUAUGGAAUAGAUUACAAGCUGUGUGGAGAUGCAACUCCAUCCAACAUCUGACCUAAUGGUUUUAGCGCAAAGGGAAGUUCCAGCAAGGCCUGUUCUUCCAGGUUCUUGACCUGUGUUCAGCAGUCUCCUCACCGGUAUGGAAUGAGGCUCUGCAAAGGAGAAAGGGAAGAAUGAACUUUCACAUUAAUGUCUUGCUUUGGAGGACUGCAACUCUAGUUUCUAUUUCCUGGUUUGUUGAAGAGGAAUUCUGGUUCCAGUAACGAGGUUUGAGAGGAAAGGAUACAGGAGGGUGGGAGAAUGCUAGACAUUUCUUUCUCAAGCCUGCCACUCUUUUAGUAUUGAACUCUGAGCCUCAUCAAGAAUAGUACCAAGAUUUAAGUCACGGUCAAUGCAACAAAACAACAAAAACAAAACAAAAACCAAAAACGACUACUGGGUGGAACACUUGGUAGACCAGGUUUCCCUUUUUAUUCAUCGUGUUUUAUGUACAUUGGGAUUUUCCCUGCAUGUACCACUCAGCCAUCUCUCCAGCUCCUAAGUAGUCUGUGACAUACCAGAUCACAACACUCUCAGGGAGGAUUCUCAUUAGGUUACCUUUCCCGUUAUUAGUUUUCUCCUGUAUUUAUCUUAAAUCCCCAGACCCUUAGAAUAGCUGAUAAGCUGCAUGGUUGACUUUUCUGGUUUUGCUGCAAAGCUUUUCUCUGUAUAUCUCAUGAAAUUAAAUAAUUUCCCCUGUUAAUGUGCCUUUUGUCAGUUUAAUUUCAAGGCCACAGGCAUGGAACCUAAAGGUAGAUGAAAUCUUUCUUUUUUUGUUUUGAACUCUUCAUUAGAGAAUCAGAUGAGAGAGAAUGAGACCCAAGAUUUCUAUGUUUGAAGAUUUCAGAUAGUUUAUCCAGGGCUUUUUCUGUGUCCACAGAUAGAAUGCUUCUUGGUUUGAAAAUAUCUGUUGCAAGGAAAGGGGGUUGUUGAGCCUUUUCGACAAGAUUCCCACACCAGUCACUUACAACCUAGUAACUCAAUGAAAAUACACUCUCGUAAGGAACAGCAGCAUGUAUUGUUUUGUACGUGCAGAUCACACUUCAAAAUGUACUAAGACAAGCUGACUCUUAAGAUUAAAUGUGGCAUUCCUUCCAAAAGUAAUAAAAAUGUCGCCCCGUUUUAAAGGUGAAUAUCACUGACAUUGAACGUGAGAGAAGAAGGCCGGUGGGGGAAGUCUCUGUUGCUGUGAAAGACAGGACAUGGCCAAACAGCUGGAGUCUUGGGAACCAAGCAGGACUCGCCUUCGGUGUGUCCUGGGACGAAGUCAUUUUGAGUCUCUGCAUUCUGCCUCUUAUUUGUAAACGUAAAGGAGAGGAUGUCUGGGUGCACUUGCUUCCCCGGGUAGAAAGAAGGGCAGAGGGGCCAGAUUGAACAGCAGUUUCAUCUCUACACACUGCAAAGAAAUACAGAGCGAGAGCACUGCUUCUCGGAUGUUUUUGGGAGGAAGAAAACCUUAAUCACUUCUCACCAGAAAUGUGGCAAGUCUGAGAGAAGCAAAGGGUUCGCAAGCAGCACACGGCUGGGGUUUGAAUCCCUCUUACCCAAACAUUUAUACAUAGAACAAAGAACUGCAUUUGGCAAUCGGGGGUGAGCCACAUCUAAGCGUCAAUUACACGGCACCAACUGCUGCUCUCUACUUCUCAGGCUGGUUAGCUUCUCUUAUAAAGAAAGCUCUUUGCACACCGACAUUAUCAGAAAUAACUCUCAUGAGCCCUCUUAACCUGAGAGUCUCAUACCCACCAACCACAAAGACUAGUGUGUCCGGGCUGUGAACAAAGGGAGACUAAGGAGCCUGACUGCCAUGCUGGGGUGGCCCAUUAGCGAUGGGUAGUUCCAACUGCGAGGUGGGUAGAGAUAUUUCCCACAGACCUCUCUAGAAUCUGGAGUUCCCGCACAGUCCUUUGCCUUUUUCUGAAAAUCCUGGUAAGGUUCUCUGGUAAGACAUUGAGUAAAUAUUGAUGGCACAAGGUGUUCCCUAUCAGGUAAAAAACCUGUUCAUAGCCGGGCGGUGGUGGCACACGCCUUUAAUCCCAGCACUCGGGAGGCAGAGGCAUGUGGAUCUCUGUGAGUUCAAGGCCAGCCUGGGCUACAGAGCGAGAUCCAGGACAGGCACCAAAACUAUACAGAGAAACCUUGUCUCAAAAACAAAACAAAACAAAACCUCUUCAUAAAACCACGUCCCUACAGUCUGACCUUAUUGUCUUUUGUGUCUACAAAAGCAAAUCUGACUACAUUGAAGAUGAGGAGGGUCUGGGCAAAGGCCGUGCUAAGCACCUCUGCAAAGUCCUGCACAACACACAGAAUUAUCACCAAGCCUGCCGCCUCCUGGCCCAGCAGGGCUGCAUCAAAGGCAUCACUGGCUCAGCUAUUCCAGAGGCUGCCUUAGUCUCCCAGGGCUGUAUACAUUUUUCUGUACCGGCUGCUGUUUCUGUGAUUAAUUCUGGGGUUCCCUUCGAACCUUGAACUGUGUAACUUUGUAACUUGUAAAUGAAUGCCACUCACCAGCCAUGUCUCUUUCAGUGAUAGUGUAACACAGUCAAAUCUCAAUGCCUUGUGCGUUUGUAACUACAGGAAGGUGCUGGGUCACCCAUUUUGAAUUUUUUUCGCGCCAAAACCGCAAAAGUCGAGAGAAAGGCAGUCAGAACUGCAAUUUCUAAAGCAGUUUCCUGUGAUGGAACUGUUGGAGCCGUUCUUGGGUGCGAUCAAGUGUGGGAAGUGCUGAUGACGCCAGGAAUUUCUUGUCAAUUUCCCUUUCAGGUUGUUUAUUAAAUUUGUGCCCCAAAUGACUCCUUUGUUAAAAUAAUGAAAAGAUCCUUUGAUCUUCAAAAAUCAACAAUUUCUUGUGAUGUUAAUUCCUGGGAUAUGGUAGAGUAAUUUUUACGUAAAAAAUGGAAUUUGUACAUUUUUAUACAAGAGGUAGGCAACGAAUACUUUCAUUUUUACUGGGUUUAAACACGGACCAAUCCCAUGUCAGGAUCUAUGAUGUCAGCAAUUUACUGUCCAAUCCAGCAGAGAGGUUCGUUAUAUAAACGUAGGCUUUGCCACCGCUUCUCCACAGGAGUUUCUUUCUCUGUUUUUACUAUGGCUCGCACCAAGCAGACGGCCCGCAAGUCCACCGGCGGCAAGGCCCCGCGCAAGCAGCUGGCCACCAAGGCCGCCCGCAAGAGCGCCCCGGCCACCGGCGGCGUGAAGAAGCCGCACCGCUACCGGCCCGGCACCGUGGCGCUGCGCGAGAUCCGGCGCUACCAGAAGUCCACCGAGCUGCUGAUCCGCAAGCUGCCGUUCCAGCGCCUGGUGCGCGAGAUCGCGCAGGACUUCAAGACCGACCUGCGCUUCCAGAGCUCGGCCGUGAUGGCGCUGCAGGAGGCCUGCGAGGCCUACCUGGUGGGUCUGUUCGAGGACACCAACCUGUGCGCCAUCCACGCCAAGCGGGUCACCAUCAUGCCCAAGGACAUCCAGCUGGCCCGCCGCAUCCGCGGGGAGAGGGCAUAAAGUUCUCCGGCGUCUAUUCUGCAAAAGGCUCUUUUAAGAGCCCCUU